AUGGGCCUCGCCACCCUACCCGUCGAGCUCCUCGACGCUGUCCUCGCACCGCUGACCUACAAUCACGCAGCUCUUUCCGCUGUCGCCCUCAGCUGCGCCGCCCUCAACCCUAGUGCCACUCGCCUCCUCUAUCGCCAUCUCUCCCUCUCCGCCUACGGCCGCAACCUCUCCCUCGUCCACCUCCUCGCCGCCCGCCCCGACCUCGCCAAGCACGUCCGCACAUUCUCCGCACACCUCGACGAUGCCCAGCCAGCCAUCCUGCCUACCUAUUCCGCCCUGCAGCACGCGCUGCGCCUCAUGACGAAUCUCAACAGUCUCGCGCUCUACGUCGACGCUUCCGCAUCCUGGAUUCUCUCACCACCGCAGGCCGAGAGCGGCCAGAAGGCGAGCGGGCCCCCCAGUCCCGGGCCCGCGUUCUACCCGCGUCUCGAACAUCUGACCUGUAACUUUCCGCUGGAUGCGCACCUUUCCUCUUUCCUCGCCCAGGCUCCAUCGCUUAUCUCCCUCACCCUCUCCUCCGUCCACUCCGAUGACGAUGCCGGAUCUGAACCAGGCCACGCCGACGCCGAUGCCCCAACCCCAGCCCAUCCCAAAUCGCCGCCCCGGCACGCUGCCAUCCCCCCUUCACACAUACCCCUUCUCGAAGCGUACACGGGUCCCGCGUACCUCCUUCCCACCCUCGUCUCGCGUCCUCUCAAGGCCGUGCACCUCUUCGGCGAUCUGACGCCCAGCCUUCUUGCCGCGUUCUACACUCGCAUCGCGGCGACGCUCUCCAAGAUGCCGCGCCUGUCUGCGUUCGAGCUCGCGGGCAUGCACUGGCAGUCCCGACCGAAGCAGUCGUCUUCCCCGGUCGAGCCGGAGGAGAAGGAGUGGAUAUCCCCGCCCGUCAGCCCGCGCAUCGCCGCUGAGCCGGAGGAGGAGGAGGAGGAGGAGGAAGACGACGAGCUGGAGGAUCGCGACUACGACUUCGACGGCGCGUUUCUGGACUGGUCGUACUGA